AUGGCCAGCCCCAAGAGAAACCAAACUACUACCAGUGUUCUCUCCGCUUUAUGCUACAAGGACAAGCUUUUGCUAAGCUACCCUGAAGCUUUGGCCUUACACUCUCUAAGAGAGCUCGAUUUGCCUUUAUUAUCAACCCUUAACUCUCCAUCCCCAUAUAUUUCCCUUGAGCAGGGCACUAAGAAAGACAUAAUUAUUGCAACUUCCAUAGAUUCAGUUGUCGUUUAUAAAAUAGACGAAGUAAAGUAACCACUAAUUAGCAAUAUCAACGAAAUUUGUAGAUGGAGGCCUGGCAUAUCACUUACAACCUCAGCUAUUUCUUACACAAAUGAAAUUGUGGCAACUGGGAGAGCUGACGGAAUUAUCCAGUUUUGGGGUUUCAAUGAAGGGUCUAUUAGUAAAUUAUGGGAAUGUGCAGCCCAUGAAGCCUCUGUGAAUUGUAUUGACUUCUCGUCAGAAAAUAAUUUGUUGGCGUCUUCAUCAAGAGAUUGCUCUUGUAAAAUCUAUAAUUUCCAAAACCAGCAGCUUGUGAAAACUCUUUACUUUGCAGAACAUGAUGAUACUAAGAACUUAUACUGUUGUAUAAAUAAUUUAAGCUUAUUUUCUAUAUUUAUAGCCUAAUUCAUCAUUAAAACAGCUUUUGCUAUUAAAUUAGAUUAAAAUUAUAUUAAUUAAUAGGAAAUACCCAUUUUAAGCGUAAAAUUUUCAAGAAGUGGUGACUUUUUAUAUACUGUGGCUGCUGACCAAAAUUCCUACAUAACCCUUUGGGAUGUCCUUGAAAACUAUAAACCUAUCGUUACGCACAGGCUACACGCCUCACCAAUAACCGCAUUUACUCUUUCCCUCGACGGCUUCUAUUUAGGAAUCGGGACAGAAGAUGGCUUUGUUAAAAUAAUGAAUACAAGAACAAUGGAAUUCGAGCAAGAUAAAGAAGAUAUGAGCGCCAAAGUAACCGCAUUAAAUUUCACAUGGGGAAGCAGAAAUUUAAUUGCUGCAGGAAGUGAUGGAACCUUACAUAGUAUAGCAAAUGCCAGAGGCGAAGGAUUUUUCUCAAAAAUGUCAAAGGUUUGGGUGCUAACAGUAUUCCUUCUCUGGAUUUACUUAUAUUUAACAAAUUCAUCUUAA